GAAGGAGGCACAUUCGAGGAAUGUCAUUUUGGAGAAGAGGUCAGCGUCUUAGGACUUGCCAGCUUCCGAAAACCGUGAACCCCCCGCCACCCCGCACCCACCUUCAUGGUGUUGUGGUCCCGAACUUCUAAGAAGUCUUGUUCCCGUUAUCCCCUUAAAGGGUUAUGUCUGCUUUUGGCUCCUGCCAAGAUCAAGUAGAUUAAGUUCACCCUCGCGCAGACGGCGGCGUUUCAGAUCGUCAGCUCGUCUAUACCGCCGCAAUCCUCGGAGCCUCGCCUGCCGCCAUGGGCGCCCACGGCUCCAACCUGGACGACAUCCUGGAGGAGGACAUGCACCACUGGUACACCAAGUUCAUGAGGGAGUCGCCGUCGGGCCUCAUCACGCUCUUCGAAUUGAAGACCAUGCUGGAGAUGAACGGCAUGACGGAGGAGGCCAGCAGCUACGUGGACCAGGUCUUCUUCACCUUUGACAUGGACGGGGACGGCUACAUCGACUUUGUGGAGUACAUCGCUGCCAUCAGUCUUCUCCUUAAGGGAGAAGUCAACCAGAAGCUCAAGUGGUACUUUAAGCUUUUCGACCAGGACGGAAACGGCAAAAUCGACAAAGAUGAAAUGGAGACCAUCUUCAAGGCCAUUCAAGACAUUACCAGGAGCUACGAAAUUCCCCCCGAAGAGAUCGUCACGCUCAUCUAUGAGAAGAUCGAUGUCAACGGGGAAGGUGAGCUGACCCUGGAGGAGUUCAUCAGCGGCGCUCGGGAGCACGCCGACAUCAUGGAGAUGCUCACCAAGAUGAUGGACCUCACCCACGUACUGGAGAUCAUCAUCAUGGGACAGCGCAAGGAGUCCAAAUAAGGAGCCGGGCGGAACGCCGCCCAAUUGAAAAGUGUACACUACCCCGCCCCGGUGGAAGGAGGCCCGGCUUCUCAUGGGAAAACACCUUUUUAAUUGGUCAAUUCUGGAGGUUCCUUUGAGAAGCUGAGAAAAUGGCGACCCGGGGAUGCUGCCGGUCUGCUUUGCUACAAUGUCGUCAAUCAAGAGGCCUCAGAAGGAAGGAACCCGACUCGUUUGAAGCAAGGCCCUUGUAGCUUAGGUAAAAGGUCAAAAUGAGUUAUUUUAUUUCCAUUUUUUUUUAGUCUUAUCUGGUACCGAGGUUUUCCACUGGUGAACCCUGGUGAUUUGGAACGGGGUCUCAGACAAGACUGAGGGGGAAACACCCCCCCCCCCCCCGACAAAAAGUACAAUUUUCCACUUGUUUAAAAGUUUUCAGAGAAGUUCUAAACACAUCUGCUUUAAUAAUUGAUCUGCCAUUGGAUAUUCAAGAGGAAUGAUUGUUGUCGAUCGGGGCAAGAACACGAUUCUGAAUGACAUCUGACUCCAAAUGGCCGAGAGUUGACAUCAGUUAAUCAAAAUUGGUGUCGUUUGUGUUGAUUUAGAGUGAGGAUGUAGGUAACUGCUACAGUCGCGCAAUGUAUUAGAUGGUGCGAGUUUUACCAACAUUGUGGCCGCGGACUGUGUGUGAUCCCGUGAUCGUCUGUUUGCUGUUUUUUUCUUCUGCUUGCUUUACAGCGUUGCCUUAAUAAGACCGUUCUUCACACUG